CACUAAAGCUGACCCAUAUCCUCUUCGUCAGCACAUCACUUCUCUCUUCCUUCUUUCCUUUCGUCUACAAAUCCACUCCUAUCCUUCUCUCUCCCACACAUGGGCAGACCAAGCUCAAGCUCGGCCUUCAUUGCAGUCAUGCUGAUGAUGACCACAAUAUCAUCAGCUACCUUGCAGGUUGGUUUCUAUCAAUCAAAAUGUCCUGCAGCCGAGUCGAUUGUUAGAAGAACUGUCACCGAGGCUGUAGCUAAGAAUCCUGGGAUUGCUGCCGGCCUCCUAAGGAUGCACUUCCAUGACUGCUUUGUUAGGGGGUGUGACGCUUCAGUGCUUCUUGAUUCAACCCCAGGGAAUCCUGCGGAGAAAGAAAGUCCUGCAAACAAGCCAAGUCUACGAGGAUUCGAGGUGAUAGACAGAGCCAAGGCAGAGAUCGAAGCCCAGUGCCCGCAGACAGUCUCUUGCGCAGACAUUCUCGCCUUCGCUGCUCGUGAUGGUGCCUUCCGGGCUGGUGGCAUCGACUAUGCUGUGCCCGCAGGGCGUCGCGAUGGAAGGAUCUCUUUAGAGUCUGAGGUACUUCAAAACAUCCCUGCACCCUUCUUCACCGUCGACCAACUUCAACAAAACUUCGCACGGAAGGGUUUGUCUCGGGACGAAAUGGUGACACUAUCGGGUGCCCACUCCAUUGGAGUCUCUCACUGCUCAUCCUUCUCAAACCGCCUCUACUCAUUUAAUGCUACGAAUCCACAAGAUCCUUCACUGAACCCUGGCUUUGCUGCCUUCUUGAAGACCAAGUGCCCACCUCCAUCGAGCACUGGAACCGGCCAAGAUGGGACGGUACCUCUUGAUAUUGUGAGCCCAAACCGCCUCGACAAUUGGUACUAUAAGAACUUGAGGAGCAGCAAGGGAUUACUGACCUCAGACCAGUCCUUGAUGGACGAUCCCUCCACGAAGACGAUUGUGAGGAACAAUGCCAACCGUGGUGCUGAGUGGGCAGCCAAGUUUGCUGCAGCAAUGGUGCGCAUGGGGUCCAUUGAAGUGCUCACCGGAACGCAGGGUGAGAUUAGGAAGAACUGCAGGCUUGUGAAUUAGAUUUUUUCAUUAAUGUGUUGGAUGUUGGGACCAAGUGUCGUGUGUUUUGGUCAUUUUUUUGAAAAUAGUGUUUUGGUUGCUGGUCGUUUGUUUUAUUCAAUGAUCGGGUGUUUCCAUGUUACAGUCCAAGUGUAUUGCUUUCUCUAGUAUUUCUGUUCGAUUAUACCAAUCAGUAUAGAAGUGUUUGUACCUUUUCUGUGUAAA